AUGGCGGAUGAUAAGAUUCCUCAUCCCAACGAGGCUGAAGGCAGAGGCUCCUCAACUCCAUCGGAGAAGGAGACUGGCGCCCACAUCGAACAAGUCAGAACUUUUGAAAGGGUCGAGGGCCAUCCUGGCUACUAUGAGAAAGAUGGCUUGCGAACCUACGGCGACGAUCAGGAUCAUGAUCACGAGCCUCCAUGGACAACGAGAAGGGUGAUGAGCCUUGUCGCCAUGGCUUUCCUCUGGACCGGUUCUCAGAUCCCAGCCUAUCUACUUGGCGGCAUCGCGCCUCUGAUCUACUCUGAGAUUGGAGGCUAUGAUAGAUGGGUCUGGUUCGUGCUGGCUUAUCUUCUCUCUUCCGCAGCUGUCUGCCCCUUUGUGGGCUCCUUGUCCGACCUGAUCGGGCGGCGAUAUGUUGCGCUCUUAGGCUCGGGGCUACUUAUUGUCGCCAUGAUCGUUGCCGGCACUGCACACACAAUGAACCAAUUCAUCGCCGGAAUGGGUAUAUCUGGCGUUGGAGCCGGUAUCUGCGAACUUACUUGUCUGGCUGGUACCUCUGAACUGGCGCCAACGCGCAAGCGAGGCCUUUAUGUUGCGGUCUUGGUCUUGACGAUCAUACCAUUCUGCCCCUCGGCCCUCUAUGCCUGGCUCAUUGCCGGCUACUCGACUUGGAGGUGGUGUGCUUUUAUCGCCGGCGUUUGGGCUCUGAUCGGAGCCGUCGGCGUCCUAGUAUUCUACUUCCCUCCGCCACGACCAAAUUCUCGCGGGUUGACCAAACGACAAAUUAUCAGUGAGAUCGAUUUCUUCGGCGGUUUCCUCAGCAUUACGGGCAUGAUAAUCUUCCUCGCUGGCCUCCAGUGGGGAGGCUAUCAGUAUACAUGGAAGUCCGCUCACGUUUUGGUCCCACUUAUCCUUGGGUUUCUCUUGCUGUUCGUCGCAUUCCCAAUCUGGGAGAUCAAAUUCGCAAAGUAUCCGAUGUUCCCAUCUCGGAUGAAGAAAGAUGCAAGGGUGCUUUCUUUGACGCUGGUGAUUACUGCGAUAUCAGGCGCAAACUUUUUCUCAAUCUUGAUGUUUUGGCCCACACAGGCUUUCAACGUCUAUGGUCACGACCCAGUCGGUGUCGGAGUUAGAACUCUCCCUAUCGGCUUCUCGAUCCUUGGUGGCUGUUGCAUUGUCUUGGUUCUCCUGUCAGUGUUCCGAGGACACAUCCGUGAACUGCUUUUGGGCGCGUCCAUCAUGAUGACGGCGGGCUGUGGCGCACUUGCAACUGCCAACCUCCACAAUAUCCAUGCGGUCUACGGUAUCCUCGUUGUCGCAGGCCUUGGCAUUGGAGGAAUUGUCGUCCCUGCCUCCAUCAUCACAACCAUUAUUUGCCCGGACGACAUUAUCGCCACGGUUACGGCCCUUACGCUAUCGAUUCGGGUGAUUGGCGGCUGUAUCGGCUACACUACCUACUACAACGUCUUUGUCAACAAAUUUAAGGUCAAGAUCGUCCACUACGUCGGAGGCGUCAUGGUUGGUGAGCUUGGAAUCACGAAUGAAACCUACAUUGUGGACGCCAUCACAGUCACCGGAUUGUCGCUUGUGGACCAACUCAAGCUGAUUCCAGGCAUCGCUGGCAACGAGACUGCAUACGAGAUGGUCCUGACCGCCGGGCAGAUCGCCUACUCGGAAAGCUACCGCUGGGUGUAUCUGGUCUCGAUCGCCUUUGGUGGAGUCGCCAUCAUCUGCUCUGCACUCCUGGGCAAUAUUGAGAAAUAUAUGGAUGAUCAUGUAGCUGUUGUUAUCUAG